AUGAGUUUCCAAAGAAAAAAUAAGGUUCUAGGACGCCCCGGGGGUGCUAGUGGACCCGCUCCUAACAGAAUUGUUCCUGGAAGAACUCCAAAUUUGCCUGGAAGAAUCCCCAAUGUGGGAUUGGUGCCCGGCAGAUCACCUAAUCCUCUUCUUUCCAAUAGUCGAGCAAUUUCUAAUAGAAGACCUGUUGGUGGUACAGUGGCACCAUCUCAUCCUCAGACAACAACAACAACAACAACCGCCACAACAGAAUCAGAGACUAUAGAAGAUCACACAUCACAGCAAAAUCCUUCAAUUAAACCUUCAAUUAUUACUUCUCAGCCAACCAUAUCCACAGGAACCUCUGAUAUUGAUAAACUUAUACUCCAUGGGGGUUUACCAGUCGGUACUUCUCUACUACUAGAGGAGACAGGGUCGACUGACUACUCUUCGAUUCUUCUCAAGUUCUUUGCUGCCCAAGGAAUUGUUCAUAAUCGUAUUGAAGAUCCAAACCUCAAGAACACUACAAAUUGCCAUGUAAUUGUCAUUGGUGGUGGGAACGUCGCUAGUUGGGUGAAAGAAUUACCAGGAGUUUAUAAAGGAUCAAGAAAAGAAUUGAAAAAGAAGAAAAUUAGAGAAAAUGAAUCGAAAUUAAGUGUGCAGAAUAUCAUCAAUAAUCAGGAACCUGCCAAUCCAACCACCACUAACCUGGUGAAUCCUAAUUUGAAAAUCGCUUGGCGUUAUGGGCUUUCAAACUCGAAGAAUUCAGAUGCUAGUGCCGACGCUAAAGAUUUUAUGAAUUUGACCUAUCCUUACUAUAAUAAUACUUUUGAUAUUACCACCCGACUUAUUCCUGGUCCAAGACCCCAAGAAAUCACAUUUUUGCCAGUUCCGUUUCCUGGAUCACCAAAUAAACCCGAAAAAUCCCAAAUGAUAGCGUUGUAUAAACAAAUUGAAUCAGUGGUGAAGAACCAGUUGGAGACCCGGGAUCAGCAGGGGAAGUCCGUCAAUAAUAAGAUCAUCAGAAUCAUCUUGCCAAACUUACUCAAUCCUUCAACGUAUCACCCAUCGUAUUUUCAAACAUCCGAAAUUUUGCCGUUCUUGCAAUCUUUGAAGAGCUUGGUUAUGAAAUAUUCCAAUAACUUAACAUUGAUAUCCUCGAUCUCAACCGACUUGUUCUCCCUCAAUUUGGAUCACGGAUCAUCUACAAUCGGCUCGUCAGCAUCGAUGAUGAAAACCUCGUUAGUGAAGCUUUUGGAAUCCCAAUUCCAUUCGAUUCUUCAACUCGAUCCGUUCAACGAGCAAUUGUUGAAGUUGCUUGAAGCAAGUUAUAAAAACCAACCAACGAAAAUCCAACAAGGGUUCAUCAACGUGGCGAAGAUUUACAAUGUUAGUGACAAAGGUAUGAUGUGUAUCAAAAUGAACGAGUAUGCUUUCCGGAAUGGCAGAAGGAACUUCGAAGUUGGUGAAUGGAGUAUUCCGGUUGAAGAAGAAGAUGAUGGGAAGAAAAAUAAAAGUGAAGGAAAUCAAACCAGUAAAAAAAAUGAAGAAAUCUUUGGGACAAGCAAAUCAACGACUAAAAAUAUUGACUUUUGA